AUGAAUUACGUGAUUGAUGUCAUUAUCUCGCUUCGGGCAACGCUUUUAACGCUUGUUUACUUUCUGGUGGCAAGAACUGGAGUGGACGCAGUGACCUGUUCAGCUGGAGGUAACGAAUGUGCCUCUACCGCGUAUUCGUACUGUAAAACAUUGACACCCAUCUGCGCAUGCGCCGAUAUAGCCCCUGAUGCAAGUGGCACAUGCACCCCAAAAGUUUGUACCCUUGAUAGCGAAUGCAUAGCAUUAGAUGCCAAUUCUAAAUGUACCUCCGGUUCGUGUACGUGUACGGAUUCAUAUUAUCUCGACGGCGCUGACGAUGAAGCGAGCUGUGUUGCCAACCCCGUUGGCACAACAUGUGCAUUAGGAGAGUGUUCCGGGCUAACUGGCCAGGUAUGCGACAAUACAUUGGACAGUCCAGUGUGCGCAUGUGCUGACGGUUUUAAGGAUGUCAGCUCCACCUGCACUGUAAAUGCUGUUGGGGACACGUGUACAGCGUCUGGGUACGAAUGCAUGACUGUUUCGAAUGCCUUCUGCAGCACUUCAGCGUGUGCUUGUGGAGCAGCCUUUACCGGAGAUCCUUGUGUUGGAGCUACUUGUUCCACCAGCGCCGAUUGUAUAACACUGGACGCCAACUCUGAGUGCGUUGGAACUGCAUGUGCCUGUAAGGCGAACUAUGCCGUAUCUCUAAAAGGAACUAGCGGCGAUUGUCAGCCAGGUGUCGGUGCUACCUGUACGGCAUCUGGAAGUGAAUGUCAGAACCUGCUGGGAGGAUAUUGUGCCACCACAGUCUGCGCUUGUGCCGAUAUUAUGGCGGCCUCAGUAACUGUGUGUGCAGCCACAAGUUGUACUGCGGAUGCCACCUGUACAGCACUUGAUGCUAACUCGGAGUGCAUAAAGGACAUGUGUGUGUGCAAAUCAGGCUACGCACUUGAUGGGACAUCAAAAUCGUGUGUGGCGACAGGCGGCAGCAAUGCAAUUACGGCAUCGAUCGCUGUCAUGCUGAUGAGCCUGCUAGUCAGUGUUCUGCAGCAUUGA